CGAAGUGUCUGUUACAGUGUUUUACAUAAGGCUAUAAAGAAAUACGAAUUGUUGGUAAAUGGUUUUGAUGCUAUCUGAAGGCCGCAACGGUAAUUAACAAAGUUGCUUCCGCGACCUACAUUACACUCAGACUACUACAGCGUUCCAACGGCAUUGCAGCGCCGAAUGCAAUGGCGAAUCCAUCACAAAGAAGGCUGUGUGUAGUCUGAAAAUCUGGUAUGGCUGUCUAAAACGGAAGAUGAGUCAAUACGAAGUGAAGUGCAUUGAAAAUUGAAUUGGAGAUAUCUCCGAACUGUGUCUAAUUUACGAAGUUUUUAUCACCAGUGCUGCCUGCAAGAAAAUGAACGGCUUAAGUCUCAGUGAGCUGUGUUGUUUGUUUUGUUGUCCUCCUUGCCCAACGAGGAUUGCUGCCAAACUGGCAUUCUUGCCACCAGAACCUACCUACAACUUUCAAGCGGAUGAAACGGGUUCGAAAUUUAGUUUGAAUUUGACAGAAAGAGCCGAGUGGCAAUACUCCGAGAGAGAAAAGGAAAAUAUUGAAGGUUUUUUCACAAGAACUUCCCGAGGAAAUCGAAUAGCCUGUUUGUUUGUGAGGUGUAGUACAACAGCUCGGUUUACAAUAUUGUUUUCACACGGUAAUGCCGUAGACUUAGGACAAAUGAGCAGUUUCUAUCUAGGGUUAGGUUCACGGAUAAACUGUAAUAUAUUUAGUUAUGAUUACUCAGGCUACGGGGUCAGUACUGGAAAGCCAUCGGAAAAGAAUCUGUAUGCAGAUAUAGAUGCAGCAUGGCACGCUUUACGAACUAGGUAUGGUAUAUCACCCGAAAAUAUUAUAUUAUAUGGCCAGAGUAUUGGGACUGUGCCAACAGUGGACCUGGCAUCGCGUUAUGAAGUGGGAGCUGUCAUUCUCCAUUCACCGCUUAUGUCUGGAAUGAGAGUCGCAUUCCCCAAUACCAAGAGGACGUGGUUUUUUGACGCCUUUCCUAGCAUUGACAAGGUUCCAAAAGUCACAUCCCCAGUACUAGUGAUACACGGUACAGAAGACGAAGUCAUAGACUUUUCACAUGGCCUUGCUAUUUACGAAAGAUGUCCACGAGCAGUUGAACCUUUAUGGGUUGAUGGUGCUGGCCACAAUGAUGUUGAACUGUACUCUCAGUACUUGGAACGCCUGAAGCAGUUUGUCUCUGUAGAACUGCUCAACUGACAACUACUGCCACCUGGUGAGGAAUCAGAACAUAAUGCAACGUCAACUGUCAGCUCUGCAACCACUAGUUCAGUGACUGAAAAGCUUCUCUAGCUAACCGACACACUGACAAAUCAGACAGUUGGCGAACUAACUAAUAGUCCCACCAGUCCUCAAGACGAAAAAUCUGAGAGUGAGCCUUCAACCAGUAAACCAGCUGUUCAGCCAGAGAAAUCUUCUUGUAAGUCAUCAGCACCAACUGCAAAGGCAACCACAGCAGAAACAGUUAGUACAACAGCAGUCAUAAAUGCUCCUUAUGAACUGCCCAGAGAGACUACUUGCUAAAAGUUGGUAUUAUUUUGUGUGUGUCUGAUGAACUGUACAUAUUCAGCCUUGGGCAGUUGUGCUGAUAAUGAAGAAUAAAUUGCCUAUCACAUAUUGAUUGCCUGAUAACGUUACAUAAGAAGUGAAUCCUAGUGCUUAAUAAAAAUAUGGGUUAAGAGGAGGUUAAUAGUUUCCAAAAAUUCCCCAUUGAUGUAUCAUUAUGGCAGGGAAAAUGUUAUUGUUUUACCAAUAUUGCAAUAUUACAGAAUAUAUAUGUAUAUAAAAAGAUAUAUAUAUAUAUAUUCAUUUUUGUGUACAAACAUUUGUUACAUCUUUUGUAUCGGUAAAAAAAUUGUGCGUUUAAUUAAGCAGUGUAUUGUGUACACGGACAUAAUCCAGGCAAGAAAUGACAUAAGUUAUCAAAGUGUGAUACAAGAAAUAAUAGUGAAAUCAUUCUCAGAAUUUGCUAUAUUUUAGAGCUGUACUUGUUUAUACUGAUGAUAUGCUCAUGUGCAAUUUUUGUUACUGUAAGGAUGACAAAAUACCAAGUGUGUGAAUGAGUGAUGUAGUCACUUCAUAGAGUAUAACAAAAGAAGAAGAAAAAUCACUCGAUGAAUUUACUUUUGAAUAUUCGUAUCGUGAGAAGUUCUCCAUAAUUUUAUAUAUAUUUGUGUGUGUGUGUGUGUGUGUGUGUGUGUGUCAUAUAGUGUGGUGCUCAGUUUUUAUGAGGAAAUAUUCAUAUUAUAAUUUAUUGUCUUGUGUGAGUUCACCAAGGAGAUUUCACACUCACGAUGUUAAUUAUAUUAAAUUAAAGCAGUAAACACCUUCCAAUAAAAUAUUUGUAUCUGUUAUUAAUAACUAUUCCUUCUGAUUUAUCAUGACAAUAGUUAGACCUGAACUAAAGAUACAGAAGACAGCUUUGUUCUCUUUACUUAAGACCCAAGUAAACUGAGUCUAUUUAGUUGUAGUUUACAAGUUGUUUUUUGCCCAGUGUGUUCUAUUCUUCAUAUUUUGGUUUGUGAGAUUUGUUAUGUUGGCUUAAAUAAUGCAUGGAUUUUAAAUGUAAAUCACAGAUAAUGUUGUUGUUCUAAUUCUUUAAGAAUGUUAUCUUUUGGAAAUUUUUGAGCAUUAUUGAACUUUUGCUAGCAAGACCAUAACUGUAUUUCCUCAGAAGCCUGACAAGAAGUGGGAUAAAUGAAGUUGAUUUGAUUUGUGCUCAUUUCUAUUGGAUGUUGUGCAAAAUUAAUUGUUCUUCCAGUUGCAGAUUUGUGCCUGUGUAAUAAACACACUUUUUGAGGGUUGAUAUUGACGUAUGUAUUCCAGCCCUAACUGCCAAAACAUUCAGAAUUGAAAUGUGAAACCAGAUUUCCCAGUGUUGUUUUUUUAUCGGUCCUGAUAAUUUGUUUAAUUUAUAUAUUAUUGUAAGUUCAUGUAAAUAACUGGAUACAUAAUUUCUUAGACUCUCUCUCUCUCUUUUUCUUUUUAAAGAUAUUCUUGUGUUUAGUGGUCAUAUGAAAGGUAAUCUGUCAUACGCAGACAUUUCAUUUUAUGUUGCCAUGUUUGAUACCACUAAAGGAACUACAUUGUGUUACACUACAUUUCAUGUAAUGAAGUGAUUCAGAAGAAGUUGGUCUCUCUGGUUGUACAUCUUGUUGUCACAUGUAUAUGCAAAAUGUUUUAUUUCUUUAAAAAAAAAAAAAAACCUGUUGUCAUUUGUGGUUUCAUGGAUUUCUUCUUCUGGUUGUGUGUGGUUUUUCUGCUAUGAUACAAAACUUAUCUUAAAAUAUCACUUUACAGUCAUGUUAACAAAUUGGUUUUAAUUAGCAUGAAAAAUUGAGAACCUUCAGCAGCUGAAGUGUUCAUCUUCUAACAUAGUUUUCUGUCAGAUUUUGUUUUAUUUUUGAACACUGUGCUAGUUGUGGAAUAGUAAUGCUGGGAAUUUAUAUUUACAGUUAAUGCCAGGAAAGUCACCUCUCACUGCAUUUGCAGUUCUAAAAACAGAUAGUUACUGUGAGGAGGUAAAUUUUUUUCCCUGAUUCUGCAAAACCUUUUAUUUUAUUCGGUUGAAACUUUGUGAUGACAAUGUAAUACUCAGUUUAUAGAACCUUUGUCGCAUGAACAGUCCCAUUUAAAUAUUGUUACUGUUCAAAAAGAAAAAAGAAGUGUUAGAAUGUUUUGCUGAUAUGAACCAGUUAUGUCAAAUGUCCUCCAGCUUACAAUGCUAUUGUUCAGCAUGAAACUUAAUCUUUGAAAACAAAAUAAUAAUACACCUAUUAAAUAAUAAAUAUGUUCUGUAGUUGCACUAAUGCUGUAUGAACAAAUUAGGCCAAAAAACCUGUGAAGUUAUUUGGUGGAAUUUUGCAAAAUAUGGUAAUUGUUUUACAGAGUUUCCUUGUUCUUAGUAAACUGAGUCAUUGUCAUUUAGCACAAUCAAUAAUGUGGAUAUAUUGACAGAACAAAAUGUGAUGUAUAGUUUCCUUUGGAAUAUAUUCAUAAAAGAAAGGUCAGCAAGUGGUUCAGCUGUAAGCAGUGAGAGGGAUGAAUGAUGUAAAUGAGAUGCUUAGUGUAUAUACUUCAUCGAAUGCAACUAUUUCUUUGAGGCCUCAUAAGUGGACCAGCAUUUGUGUAUUACAACCAGUAAUGUGUAAUGUGGACAAUGCUGAAUUUAAUACACUAUAUUCUGAAAAAUUCUUUAUCUUUUAACACCAAAAAUAAAAGGAAUACAUUAUUUCAGUGAA